UCAAUUUCAGCAAUUAGAAAGUGGCAUUACUGGAAUUUACCUGAUGUUCUUUUGUAGACAAAUGCUUUUUUCAACUUGACUUGUUUCAAAAAGUAGAUUCUCACUUGCAGCCAUUACCUAUGAAUGUAUACUAAGUUUAAAAGCCCUAGGAAUACUACUGAUGGAAUCCUGAAGGCAGAAUUGGCUAUGAUGUCAUAGACCCUUGAAGGAAACUUCUAAAAGUGACAUUUAGUUAUAACAGAGACUAAACAAGAAAGAUGCUUACUGAAUAAGGUGGGAUCCAACAAGAGUGUAGUAUGGAAUGUAAUAACUUAUGAAUUACUUUUUUUCUGAAGGAGCUCAACAGAAUGACACCUAAGAAAGGCAAAGUCUUCGACACUUGGUACAUUUGUGAUUUUUGGCCAUCACUUGAAAAUUAAUAAAUUUGAAAUCACUAGUCUUAGAAAUGGAAGAAAGUGAUGACUCUGAUAAGCCUAUCUCAGCAUGUAGGCAAGAAAUUCGAAAGAGAAGACGACCCAGCCAACCAAUGGUAGACAAAUCCCAGCAAACUGCUGUAAUAGAGAAAAAGAAACACAUGGCCAUACCAAAAUCAUCGAGCCCCAAAGCUACCCAUCAUAUUGGUAAUACUUCUGGAAGCAAAGGCAACUACUCUGCCAAAGCCUAUGAGUCUAUUACAGUAUCUUCUGAACUUCAGCAAACUUGGACAAAGAGAAAGCGUGGACAGGUAAUGACUAGUAAGUCUCUCCAGACAGACACCAUUGUAGAAGAGAAAAAAGAAGUCAAGUUAGUUGAGGAGACCGUGGUAACUGAAGAAAAGUUACCUGACGUUAGAGAAGCAGCUAUUGAAUUGCCAGAGAGUGUUCAGGAAGUAGAAAUUCCACCAAACAUACCUUUAGAUCAACUAAAAAUGGACAGAUCUCAGCAGACCAGCCUUACAGAAUACUGGACCAUGACGCACAUCCCCCAUGUAGAAAAAGUGGACAAGGAACAACAGACAUACUUUAGUGAAUCAGAAAUAGUGGUUAUUUCCAGGCCAGAUAGUUCUUUUACAAAGUCAAAGGAAGGUGCCCGGAAACAUAAAUCCUCCGGAAAGAUUUCUGCUAGUGAACACCCUGAAUUUCAACCAGCAACAAGCAGCAAUGAAGAAAUUAAGCAGAAAAGUAUCAGCAGAACUUCAUUUACUCAGGAGACUAAAAAUGGUCCUCCGGUACUUUUAGAAGAUGAGCUUAGGGAAGAAGUAACUAUACCUGUUGUACAAGAAGGUUUUGCUGUUAAAAAAGUGGCUUCUGCUGAAAUAGAGCCUCCACCAACAGAAAAAUUCCCAGCUGAAAUACAGCCUCCGUUAGUUGAAGAGGCCACUGCUAAGGCAGAGCCCAGACCCGCUGAAGAGACCCAUGUCCAAGUACAGCCAUCAACUGAAGAGACUCCUGCUGCUGAGGCAGCCACUGCAGUUGCAGAGAAUUCUGUUAAAGUUCGGCCUCCAUCCGCUGAAGAGGCCCCAUUAGUGGAGUUUCCUGCUGAAAUUCUGCCUCCAUCAGCUGAAGAGUCCCCUUCAGAAGAGCCUCCUGCUGAAAUUCUGCCUCCAUCAGCUGAAAAGUCUCCUUCAGUAGAGCCUCCUGGUGAAAUUCAGUCUCCCUCAGCAGAGAAAGCUCCCAUUGAAGUACAGCCUUUACCAACUGAAGGCAUCCUUGAAGAGGCCCCAGCUAAAGUAGAGCCUGCCACUGUUGAAGAGACCCUUGCUGAAGUUCAGCCUCUGUUACCUGAAGAGGCUCCUAGAGAAGAGGCUGGAGAACUUCAGCUUUCAACAGCUAUGGAGACCUCUGCAGAAGAGGCUCCUGCUAAAGUUCAGUCUCCAUUAACUGAAGAGACCACUGCAGAAGAGGCCUCUGCUGAAAUUCAGCUUCUAGCAGCUACAGAGGCUCCUGCAUAUGAAACUCCUGCUGAAACUCGAUCUCCACUAUCUGAGGAGACUUCUGCAGAAGAGGCGCCUACUGAACUUCAGCCUCCAUCAGGUGAAGAGACCACUGCAGAAGAGGCCUCUGCUGAAAUUCAGCUUCUAGCAGCUACAGAGGCUUCUGCAGAAGAGGCUCCUGCUGAAGUUCGGCCUCCACCAGCUGAGGAGGCCCCUGCUGAAGUUCAGCCUCCACCAGCCGAGGAGGCCACUGCUGAAGUUCGGCCUCCACCAGCUGAGGAGUCCCCUGUGGAAGUUCAGCCUCCACCAGCUGAGGAGGUCCCUGCUGAAGUUCAGCCUCCACCAGCUGAGGAGGCCCCUCCUGAAAUUCAGCCUCCACCAGCUGAGGAGGUCCCUGCUGAAGUUCAGCCUCUACCAGCUGACGAGGCCCCUGCUGAAGUUCGGCCUCCACCAGCUGACGAGGCCCCUGCUGAAGUUCGGCCUCCACCAGCUGACGAGGCCCUUGCUGAAGUUCAGCCUCCACCAGCUGACGAGGCCCUUGCUGAAGUUCAGCCUCCACCAGUUGAGGAGGCCACUGCUGAUGUCCAGUCUCUACCAGCUGAAGAGACUUCUAUAGAAGAGACCUUUGUUGCAGUACACUCUCCCCCAGCUUAUGAGGUCCCUGCAGAAGAGGCCCCUGUUGACAAAUAUUCCCCAACCAGCUGAUUUGCUUCUGACUGACGAGUUUGCUAUACAAGAGGCCUCUGCUGAAGUUUCACCUCCACCAUCUGAACAAACCCCUGAAGAUGAGGCUCUGGCAGAGAAUGUGUCUACUGAAUUUCAGUCACCGCAGGUGGCAGGAAUUCCAGCAAUAAAAUUAGGAUCGAUUGUUUUGGAAGGUGAAGCAAAAUUUGAAGACGCUUCAAAAAAAAUUCUGUCUAAUACCAAUGAUGGAUCUAAAGAUUUGUCUAAUACUAAUGAUGGACAGACUCCCACUCUUGAAAUAGAAGGUGUCUUUCAUGUAGAAUUAAAAAAAGUCCUCCUGAACUGUAGUCAGUUAGUACCUAAGCUAGCAAUCAGAAGCUACAUGGUUUUGGAAGAACAUACUUUAGAAAAGGGUGGGCAGCUGGAAGUAGCUUUGUCAAUAAGGCAAAUUAAAGUGAACCCCAAGACUUGGAGUACAAGUUGGAAAAUGAACAAUAAAAACUG